UGCUGAUUUUCCUAGCUCCACCGCUGUUCCGCCACUUCCGCCACUGCAGUUAGGAUUCCCGUUUUUCUUCCCGUCGUCAUUCUUUCCCUUGUCAUCCGCCUUGCUAUUUCAACACCACUUUCCUUGGAACGAGAUGGGCGGUCCUCACACCGUCCUAGCAUCGCCGCAUCCUCGUUAGGCAUAGGAAUAGGACGGUAGGGCAGUGGCGAACCACCCUAACAGGAACCGGGGGUUAUAGUGUGAGGACCCAGCUGGUGCUCUCCAAAUGAAAUUCAGAUCGCCAGUAGUAUGGUCACAAGCAGUGUCUAACCGCCGACUUCGUCGCUCGUUUCCAUCACUUCAAGUGGACUUUAUGGACGCGCGGUAGCAUCGUAAGUUCAUCUUCCUCAUCUGAGAGGAACUUCCAGCAAAAAAAAAUCGAUUAUUCUUCCCCUGGGACUGCCGAUAGAUCGCCGAUUCGUGUAGAAACGUCGGUUAUAUGGCUCAGGAAUCCAGACUCUCCGACGAUGGUGCGGUGAUGGAGGGAGCGGAAGGCGCUGCUGAUGCUGCGUCGGUAGUGGUGGAGAAAACGGGAGAGGGGGUGAAGUUCGAGGAGCAUCAGCUACCCAUCGAUAUCGCGUACAACAAAUUCGCAGACUGGUUAGUAGACAGAAAGCGAGUCCCGGCCAAUUGGAGGCAGCGUGUCGCGGCCAUUCAGCAGCGAAUCGCGAAGCUGGUUACCACACUGCCACGCCAGCAUGAUCCAUGGCUGCAAUCGCUCUCUGUUGAUGAGGUGGGGUAUGUGGAGGCCAAGCGAGUGAGGGACAUUCUCGCUGCUGCCCGCCCCACCGAGAGAACCCUCUUUGGCGGCCUUGCUGGCCCUGCGGGCGAGUGGGAUGCGGUGGUGCGCACGUACGAGCGAGACUCGGUCUUCCUGGGGGAAGCUGCUCAGAUCCUCGUGCAUAACACCAACUAUGACAUCCCCUUCUGGCAGAAGCACAGGGCGCGGGGGCAGCAGCAACUAGAGGAGAGCAACAGAAAGGAACUCGAUUGUCGCAGGCUGGCUGCUGCUGCUGCCAAGGGCUUCCACCAGGCGUGCGCUGACCUGGGGAUUAAGGGUCAAGACGUGCGCAGGGAGCUCAAGGCCCUUGUCUCACAACUCCCAGGGGUCUUCCAGGAGGUGGUUGGCAUCCUAAGCGGAGAGCAAGUAGGCCAAGCAGUGGAGUACUAUGGAGCUGUCGUGGACUUUGCACACGGGGGGGAAGGGGGGAAAGGAGGCGCUGACGGGGAGGGAGGCUCCCCUCUUCUCCCAACGCUUUCGGAGCUUCGGGCGAAUCCUGAGCGGCAGGACCGGGCCGAACCUCCAGCAGAGGACCGGGAGCUUGAUUUUGCUGCUGCUGGUGAUGGUGAUGGCACUGGUGGUGGUGACAGUGCAGGGGGGAUUGUGUGGGAUUUCGAUGUGAGCACAGGGGAGGGGACUGAAGGUGGGGAAGGAGGAGGUGGGGGAGGAGGAGGUGGGGGAGGAGGAGGUGGGGGAGGAGGAGGUGGGGGAGGAGGGGGCGAGAGUGCAGGCAUAGUGUGGGAUCUAGAUGAUUUGGCCACGACUCUUGAAUCAGAGACAGCUGCCGCUGCUACAGAUAACACCGGUACUGCCGAUGCUGCCUCCACAGCAGAAACAGCCGGCGAUGCAGCUGCUACUUUUGAAUCUGUUUUUAAUGUGGAUGGUGCUGAUGGUGCUGAUGGGGCUGAUGGUGCGGAUGGUGCUACUGCUACUGCUGAUGGUGCAGCAGCAGGGAUUGAUUGGGCAGCACUGGGAGGUGGGGAGGACGCAUCCGGGGGAGGUAUUGACUGGGGCAUCGAGAUUUCCACCGAGGCGGGUGGUGCUGAUGGUGAGGAGGGGGGAGGAGGGGGAGGGAUAGACUGGGAUAUUGACACUGGAGCCGCAGGGACCAAUGAGGAGGCGCCAUGUGGCGGUGCUUCUGCCAGUGGUGGGGGUGGGGGAGGGAGGAGUGGCCGGGAGGGGGAGACAGAGAAGCAGAAGGUGCAGCGGUGGCUGCUGGCGGACUCGUCGUAUCGGAACAAGCUGUUGGAUGACCUGUUUGAGUUGCACAUAUUCCUUGUGACGCGGGUUGCUGAGAUGCACAGACACCAGGGAUCUGUGCUGCAGGCUCAGCUGCUGGCCACAGCCCCAGCCAUCAUUCAGAAUCACGGCACCAACUCGCUCCUCUCCCUCGACUCUUAUGUUUGCACGGCCAUCGGUCGACUCACCAGUCGCAGAACCCGAGACCUCCUCCUCAUCCUCUUGUCCCCGCGUUUUUUGGAUCGGAUGGAGCAGUCAUUGCUGCAGAAGAAGACAAACGAGGCGAGGCUGCUUGAUAGCAUAGGCGAGCUGGAGAGGCGGCGGAGAGAGAUCCGGGCGGCGCUGGCUGAUGCUCGGCCCAAACUGGAAGCAGUGGUGCAGCGAACGUGCGCCUACAAGGCAUCAGCAGAGGCGGCUCUCUCCGCCAUGUAUUCCAACCGCCCUGUGCACAUCAUUGGAGAGAUCAACAAUGUGCUGCAGGCUAGUGCGACUGCUGGUGGUGGGUGAUGGUUUGGGGGCGACUCGAAGCAGAGGCAGCUCUCUCAGCUAUGUUUUCCAACCCAACCGUCCCGUACACGAGAGAUAAACAAUGUACUGCAGGCUAGUGCACCCGAUGGUUUGGGGGCAACUUGAAGCAGAGGCGGCUCUCGCCGCCAUGUAUUCCUACCGCAAAGGCAGAGGCGACUCUCCAUUGCACUUCUUUCUGGAGAUCGACAUGUGCUGCAGGCUAGUCUCGAGCAAGCACAGCCGUUAACCACUGUGCUAAAAGGGCUUGUUUCUCUUAGCGGGUCAGCGCGCCCAGAACCCCCCAGGCAUAGAGGCCUGUGGCCUUUCCAAGGAUCUUCUAGGGCGACCCCUGUGGGUCUCUCGACAGCUAGCUAGUCUCCCUACUCAGUUGGGUGGAAACCUGUAGUCUUCUCCACAUUUGCUGCAGAAGUCUCCAUGUAUUAUCAUGUGCCAAGCGCCCCGUGGGCAUUACUGGAGAGAUCAACACUCUGCUGCAUGCUAGGGCUCCUACUGGUGGGUGGUGUCAUCGUAUGACAAAGCCUGCAAUAUUACAUAAGUGUUGAAGUAUGUCAUGCCAACCAAUUCAAGUUGCACAU